AUGCCGGGAAAAGGAAGUAGCCUCCGGGAGGACACGAGGACGGCCUCCCGCGGGCACGCCGUGCGUCGCAGCGGCCCGGGGACGCCUGGAACGCGUGCGGUGUGGCCCCCCGGACAACAUAUCGAACCCGCGCCGCGCGGUGACGCCCCCGAGGCUCAGCCCCCCAGACGGAACAACUUUCCCAAAACAUCCUCUCAGACUCUUAGAGUGGAAGAAAGCCUGAGGUUUUUUGGGAUGUUUACCUGCCCGAUGUGUGAGAGGCGUUUCCUUCAUGCCAGUAAACACCUGAAGACUGCCCACCUGGUCUUCAACAAGGAGGAAAAGAAAAUAUUGGUGAACCACGCCAUUGGGAGGGUAGCAUACCGUACCGCUAAGUGCGCUGUCAGUGGUUGUAGUUACCAACAGACCAGGCUGGAUCGACACUUAAAGGAGACGCACCUCGAGCUUGAACCGUAUCAGCUGCAGGCCAAGAUUGAGGAGGUCAAGAUGUCGCAGACCAUCGAGCUACUUCGGGCGCUCAGGGCCUCCAACCCCACUCCGAUGGUGUCGUCUCUCGACCUCGUUGAAGAGAUGCAGGAGCACAUUGUCGAUGUGUCCCCUCCUCAACAGUCACCGGAGCCAACGUGUGGAGACCCUGAGUGCGUGCAGAGAACCCACAUCUUGAAGCGAGAGAUCAAAACACUGCGGUUUGAAAAGCGGCAGCAGAUGGAUGACAUCAACGACCUCAGGGCAAAGGUCCAGGUUCUUGAGCGCCGGGUGCGACGUUACAAGGCCCCCUUCAUGUCCAGUGGGAGACCACACUUGGAGCCAAUGUGUGAUGAAGAGGAGGCCGGGCCGUCCAAAAGGGUGCCUGCACGACAGCCAGUCCCGCUGGAGGAGCAGCCAGUCCCGCUGGAGGAGCAGCCAAUCCCGCUGGAGGAGCAGCCAAGUCUUCAGGUGGAAAAGGUGCAGCCGCCCCAGCAGCAGGAGGCUCCUGUUCCCCGUAAAAAGUCCCGCAAAGAGAAGCAUCCGGGGACAACACCAAUUAAAGGGUACGCACCCUGGAGUGAGGGCUCGGGACGUGGGAACCGGAUGCGGUUUAUCCCUCUCCCCCCCACCAUGGAAGAGUACCUGGAUACAUAUCGGGACUUCCAUGCUGGACUGAACCCCACUCGCAAAGUUCUGGAGAACGCCAAGAGCAAAGUAAGCCGUGUCAAGACGUUCAUCUUCUAUAUGGCACACGGCCACUCCAGGCUCUGUGACUGGCUGUUCCUCGACGACAUGGCGAGGAUUCGAGGCUGGGUGCGGUCCCUGGUGAGGGGGGCCAAAAUGAAGGUGACCACCGCAGAAUUCUAUCUAAAAAAAUGUGGCAAACUUUGUUAAGUUUGUC